AUGAAAGUUGAAGUAGAAGUCAUUUCCAAAGAGCUAAUAAAGCCAUCAUCUCCUACACCAGACCAUCUUCGCCAUCUCCAGCUCUCAUUUCUUGAUCAAAUCCAACCUCCAGUUUGUAUGCCUUUGGUUCUUUUUUACUCUAAACAUCCCAACUUUUCCAAUUCAGAAAGAUGCAUCCAACUCAAGACAUCUCUAUCGGAAGCUUUAACCGCAUACUAUCCGCUCGUCGGCCGUGUUGAGAACAACGAUUAUGUAGACUGUAACGACGAAGGUGCAUUGUUUGUCGAAGCUCAAGCAAAUAUUCCACUCUCUUACAUUCUUUCAAAUUCGAAUAUUUGUACCAACAAGAAUUUUUUUCCCCUUCAACCUGAUGAAGGCAAAGAUUUCGCAGCUUUUUUUCAAAUUACUUUCUUUACUUGCGGCGGUUUAGCCAUUUCAAUGGCGCUCUCGCAUAAACUUGGCGAUGGCUUAUCAAAAAUAAUAUUCCUCAACCACUGGGCUGCAAUUACUCGACAAUCAAAUUAUGAUGUUUUAACUAAAAUCCCUCCGUUUGGUUCAACCACACUAUUUCCACCUAAAUAUUUAGGGUUUGAUCCAAGAAACUAUAUUAUGAAAGAUAAUAUUGUCACAAAGAGAUUUGUAUUUGAUGCUUCCGUCUUAUCAUAUCUUAAAUCUAAAUACUCUGAUGACAAUUGCGGCACUCCUUCGCGGGUGGAGGCGUUGUCCGCUUUCCUAUGGAGUCGGUUCAUGGCGGCUACUCAGGAAAACGGAGCAAACAAUAAGCUCUACUUAAUGCUUCAUGCCGUGAAUUUGCGACCGAGAAUGGAACCGCCUCUAUCAGAUCAGCAUUUUGGUAACCUAUUCCGGAUCGCUACAACGAUGCUAGCAGACCAAGACGGAUUUAUGAGUCGGAUAAAAGAUUCCAUAAAAUAUGUGAACGCGGAUUAUGUGAAAAGUCUUCAAAAGAGCGACGAACAUUUGAAUUUUCUCAAGGAAGGGUCAGAGAAAAAGGCUAAAGGAGAAAUGAUUAGUUUUAGCUUUACCAGUUUAUGCAAUUUUCCGGCAUAUGAAAUUGAUUUCGGGUGGGGAAAGGCGGAGUGGGUCGCUUCAGCUCCGGUUCCGUUCAAGAAUUUAACUAUUAUGUUGGAUACCAGUGAUGGGAAGGGGAUAGAGGCUUGGAUUACUCUGAAAGAAGAAGACAUGGCUAAAUUUGACAUUGAUAAGGAGCUUCUUGCUCAUGUUUCUUCUUCAAUUUUGAGGUCUAGAUUUUAGUAAGUUCUGAUUUGAGUGAGUAGAAGUUGGUUAUAUUUCUGUUUGUUA